AUGUCUGACAUUGAAAAACAACAACAAGAACAAAUAACACCCACGCUGACAAUCGAAUCGGGUACCUUAAACGAAGAAACAGAGAUAUACCAAUUAAAGGAUGAAGUAUUAACGAAAAAGAUGAAAUUGAUCAAUGAUGCCAUUGAUGAAAUUGGUUUCACUCCCUAUCACUUGAAACUAUUCUUUUUGAAUGGAAUGGGAUACUGGACCGAUACCCAGUUGACAUAUUUGGAAAGUUCGGUGCGGACGUUUAUCAACUACCAAUUUGGCUACAAGUUCCCUGUGAGUAAUGAAAUGUUGGCAGCAGGAUUAUUAGUUGGGGCACUCUUUUGGGGCUUCUCUGCUGAUUUGAUUGGGAGGAAACUUGCAUUCAAUAUCUCGUUGUUGUUGAGUGGAUUAUUCACCAUAAUUACCGGUACCAUGUCGUCCAUGGCCAGUUAUUGUAUCUUUGUGUUUUUGAGUAGUUUUGCCGCGGGUGGGAAUUUGGUUUUGGACACUUGUGUCUUUCUUGAGUACUUGCCUCACAAGAACCAAUGGUUGUUGACUUUUUUUGCCUUCUUUUGGGGUAUCGGACAAGUUAUUGCUGUGGCAUUGGCUUUUGCGUUCUUGCCUAAUAAUUCUUGUGACUCGGCUGAUAAUUGCCCGUCUCAUAUCAAUCGUGGUUGGAGAUACGUCUACUAUACUAAUGGGUCAAUCGUGUUGUUUAUGUCGAUUUUGCGAUUGACAGUGGUGAGUUUGAAAGAGACGCCAAAAUUUCUUGUGUCGAAUAAUAGAGACGCCGAGGCGGUGGAGAUUUUGCACCACAUUGCCACAAAGUACAAUCGCAAAUGUUCCUUAACGUUGGACGAUUUGGAACUGUUGGGAUCAAUACAAAUCAACGACGAUUUUAGAAAACACGUCGAUUUGAAAGGAUUGUUAACCUUGGUCAAACACCAUGUAUCCAUUUUGUUUAGUAACAAGAAAAUGACGAGGUCGACUGUAUUGGUCUUUCUUUCAUGGUUCUUAUUAGGAAUUGCGUAUCCAUUAUAUUCGUCGUUUUUACCACAGUAUCUAGCAACUAGAGGUGACAAUAUUUCUGCAUCAACAACCCACGGAGUAUACCGGGACAACUUGAUUUCAAACACAACAUCUAUGGGAGGACCAUUAAUAGCUGGUGCUCUCCUCUACUUUUUUCCCAUAAUUGGAAGAAGAGGGGUCUUGUUUAUUGGUGGUGUGACAUCUAUGGCUUUCCUUUUUGGAUACACUCAGGUCAAGAAUAGAGCCCAGAAUGUUGCACUUUCAUCAAUUUCAUUUGCAACUAUUUACAUCUACUACGCUGUAUUGUAUGCCUAUACGCCAGAAGUGUUUCCCAGUGCCGCAAGAGGUACGGGGAAUGCAUUGGCAAUUGCAUGCACAAGGGUGGCGACUGUUAUAGUCCCCUUAAUUGCAUACUACUCAGAUACUGCUAGUGCUGCCCCUAUUUGGAUUUGCGGUGCUUUUGUAGGUGUUGUUGGACUCCUCGCUUUGUUGUUUCCAUAUGAGCCAAGCAAGCAUAGAGUCGCUUAA